ACGCGAAGAAAAUAGAGGGGAUUUAUCAGGAUUUAUGGCAAUCCCUGGUGAGCGGUGGCUUUUGUUUCCAUCCUAUUACUUUCCAUAUAGAUAUCAAUUGCUAUCAAUUACGUAAAAUUGAUAUACAGGGAUUAAUCAAACUGCGAAACUAAUUAGGCUUUAACUUAGGGCUCUAAAAGUUUCUCAACGAUAACAUUUACUUUUCAUAAAAAAUUUCAAAACAGUCCCCUCGUAAUAAUUAGCCUCAGAAUGCGAUUAAGAUGAAUAUCAAUAUCAAUUCUAAGUAUCUAUAGAUACACGGAUUAAAAACCAGUGUCAACAAAAUUUAAAUUCAAAGUUUUGAAACAUGGCACAUUUGAAACAAAGACAGAUAAUGGGAGAUUCGUUGGACUUUUUGACGAAGUACCAUAGUAUAUCUAAUAAAUUAAAAAAACGUUUUUUGAGGAAGCCGAAUGUUGCCGAAGCGAGCGAUCAUUUUGGUGCCUUGGCUACUGAAUGCGAACAAAAAGAAUUAUGGCAAUAUGCAGGCUUAUGUUCGUUAGCUGCAGCCAGAUGUCAAGGAACAUUGGAAAAUGUUUUCCCUGAAUUAAAUUUUUUAAUCAAAGCAGGCAGAGAAUUUCUCGUCGCGGAUAAAAAAGAUAAGGAUAUUGGCUGCCCUUCUAUAGGACAAGAAAAUACACAGGCUGCUAUAAGUUGUUUCGGUCAUGCUUUAGCACGUUGUCAGAAUCAACCAGGGUUCAACACUAUGUCUGCUGGACUAGCAUUAGAACUGGCGUUAGCAUUAGAUUCUACUCCAGCUGGUAUCCAACAAUUGCGUAAAGCUAUUGAUAUUUUUCCUACUGCAAAAGCUAUUAAUACAUUGGUAUCCUAUCAUAUUAAUCAAGGUGAUUAUGUAUCCGCUUUACAAAUUCUUAACGAGUUUGUCGAAUUUAUCGAAACUUACAUAAACACUGGUGCAAGAGGAAACUACAGUGUUAUACUACACAGGUGUGAAGUGACCAGGGUACUCUUGUUACUUAUACUUCAACCAUCGCCGCAAAGACUUGCGCCUUCCUUAGCUCAAGUUUUAGAGAAAUAUGCAUGGAUAGAAGAAACUGCAAACAACGAUUUCAACAUGAGCGAAAACGAAUUAUUAUUGUUACAAUCGUUAGUAUUAGCAUCUCAAUCGCACGAUUAUCAAGCAUUGCUGGAAUUGGAAGGUGAAUUGUGGCCCUAUUUAGACGCUGAACAAAAAGAAUUAUUGCACAAGUUAAUUCAAAUUUUAACGGCGCAAUGAGCAAACGGAGCUCUAUUCUGUAUAUAAAUAAUAAAGAUAUGUCGUUACAUUUUACAAAAAAA